AUGUCUUUAGAAAUUCCUUUGCCAACAAUUCUUGUCUCCGAAGAGAGUUCAAUCUCGGCCAUCCCAACUUCCGAAUCAACAACUGCUGAAGAAAACAGAAUCUUGUGGCUUCGCAUGUUGGAAAUGUUGGAUGAUUGGAACAAUGGAAAAGAACCGCCGAGUGUAAUCCCUGGAUUCCCCGAGAUGUUCUCUAGGACAACCUCAGAAUGGUAUAUGGAUCAGGACAUAUCUCGAUGGCACAUUUGGGAUGAUCUUGCUAGAGAUUUUGUGAGGCAGUUUCAGUAUAAUAUUGACAUCGCGCCAGACAGGAAUUCUUUGUCGAACUUGAAAAAGAAACCCUCAGAAAGCUUCAGAGAAUACGCUAUUAAAUGGCACGAGCAAGCAUCAAGGGGUGGGUCUGGAGGAAUAGCAAAGGGAAAGAAAAGGGAAGAAACAUUCAUGGCAUCGUCGGGUAAAAGGAUAAGUUAUACUCCCGGACCCCUUUUCUCAGAGAGGACCCCGCAGCACUACUACCCUCACCAAGAUCUGGCCUAUACUCCUCAGCCAUACUCGGUCAUGAAUACUCAGCCUUAUGUCCGGCCACCGCAACAAGCCAAUCGGAGCCAAGCUCCACCUCCCAGAAAUCAGCCUCCUUACCGAAACCACUAUAAUCCACAACUACCCCAAAAUAAUUUCCGUCCUCAAGAACCACCCAGAAGACAAACUUUCAUACCCAUUGGUGAACCGUAUUCUACCCUAUUCCCAAAACUAGUCCAGAUGGGUUUCCUGCAACUAGUCCCUCAGACAAGGCACAAUCCAGCAUCACCGGCUUACAAAGCCGGUGUCAGGUGUGCUUAUCAUUCGGGAGCAGAGGGGCAUGAUACCAAUGAUUGUUGGACUUUAAGAAGGGUGGUAGAGAACUUAAUAGAACAGGGAAAGAUAGUAUUAAGGGACGAGGAGGUCCCAAAUGUGACCAACAAUCCGUUACUCGCUCACGAUAAUGGGUCGUUGAUUGGGAUGAUCUGUGAGGACAAUGCAGAGAGAAAUCCUAAAGCAGCCCCAAAGCACGAUAAAGGGGAAAAGAAGACUAAUACUGUCAAGACUGAACUCGAAAAGAAGGCAGAGACAAAGAUAGAAAAGAUGGUGCCUUCGAUGAAUGAGGUUCUCUAUAUUCCACGAGGUCGAUCAGAGAAGCCACAGAGAUUCGAAAUAAAAAAAGGCAAUACCGAUAAGCCAAUGACAGACCCGUCUACGGUACCGUGGAAUUAUCAACAAACAUUGGUUACAUACAAAGGGAAAGAAAUCACGGGGGAACUUCCAGAAAAUACUUCUGCUGGGAAAUAUUCAUACAUUCAAGAAGUGAACAAUGCCACACGGAAGCGCUUCCCACCCAAGAAGCCUGUAAGCGCUAAAGAAGCAGAGACUUUCUUCCAGAAGAUGAAUAUGCUUGACUUUGAAGUGGUGGAUCAGUUGCGCAAAUACCCUGAACAAGUGUCUAUGUUAUCUUUGCUAAUGAGGUCCGCCGAACAUCAGAAGAUCCUGCUCAAAACCUUGAAUGAAGCGUAUGUGCCAACAGAGACUUCAGUUGAACAACUUGAGAGAAUGACGGAAAGGUUCUUUGCGGUUAAUAAAGUUUCUUUUAGCAAUAAUGAUUUGCCUCCGGAGGGAGCACCUCACAACAAGGCUUUACAUCUGACAGUCAAGUGUGAAGACUACUACGUCAAGCGAGGACACCCUCGGAGAAAUAGACCUGAUAUUGACUAUCGGGCCGGUGGAGUUCGAAGUAACCUUUCAGGUACUGGAUAUGGACACAUCUUACAAUUUUCUCCUCGGAAGGCCUUGGAUUCAUGCUGCAGGGGCUCAAGGGAAGGGAGUGAGCACACAGUUUAUCAGGCUUUUGAAGUUGUGCUGGCAGAGCAGUAUGAAGAAGGAAAACCUUGUCCCCAACCUUUCUUGUCCAACGCUUCAAUCAUGGUUGCUAAAGAAAUGAUCCGACAGGGAUUCAAACUAGAAGAAGGACUUGGAAAAUCGUUGCAAGGAAUAACUGAACCUAUCACUUUGCCUUCCACUAAGAAACUCUUUGGGAUAGACUUCCACCCUACUCCAAAAUAUGAAGAUUGGGCGAAGAAGAGAAGAAAUGAGGGAUAG